UUCUGAGAUGCGGAAACGAAUUUGACGACAAGCAGCAGUGGAUGUGUCUGUCCUCCAUUCGCAAUGAUCCAGUUUGAUCACAAGAUAUAACCAUAUUACAGAUACGAAGGAAAAAGCAGACCCUACUAUAAUGCUGGCCCAGUCAAGUAGCGCAGAGGUGUUUUUUGAUAAAAUUCGACAGGAGCUUCGAGUGACCAGUGUUCAUCACUGUAACAGCCUCAAGUCCCUGGGAAAGAUCAUAGGAGCAGUGACUGUAGCGUUUCUGGAGGAAGAAGCUAAAUAUGAUACUGAUGACGCUGACGAGGUGCAGAGCUCCGACCAGGUGUCCCAGUUCUUGCUGGACCGAAGCAAGGUCUGGGGAGGUAUCCCAGCCUCCCUCUCCUUCAUCCCCAUGCCAGGCUCCUCCAAAUAUGGAGAUGCCAUCCCACAGCAGCUCAGUCCUGUGUCACGGUCAGAUAGUGAGGUGGAUAGCGUUCCGCAGGCUCCUUCCAGGGUGAAGUCGGAGACAGGCAGCUGUAAGAGAUCCGUUCCUGAGAUUGUGUCAAGUGCCAACGACCUGUGUGAGUUGUCUGUUCCAGAAAGGAAGAGCAAGGGAGAAGGUGCACAGCCAUCUACAACUGGAAACAAGAAACCUCCUUUUAGAGACUCAUCUAGUUUUCCAAGAAAAGCAGUUGGUGGACCCUGCUGUGACUCAUUGGACAGAUACAGCGAAGACUGUAGGUCAGUUGAGGCAUCUUCAUCUCAUGUCAGUAACCAUGGUAACAUUGAAAGGGAUCACAAGAAAUUGUCUAGUCCAUCUGUGUCAAAUAGUGGCUUCUCUCACAGAAAAGCUUUGUGUGGUAAGGAUGUCCGAACUUUGCAGUAUUCUGCUGCAGCAAAAGAAUCCAGUAGAUGUCAUUCAAGUGAUAAUGAACACUCACAGAACGGCGCCUCUAAACAAUUUGGUCAUAUUUUGUCAACGCCUCAAUCGUUUAUGACUGAUGAUGAACAUAUUGAGCAACGACCCUUUCCUAAGAAUGUCAGACAGUGUAAGUACCUCCCAGAGGAAUCUCACGGCCAGGACAGACUUGACUGUCAUGUAGAGGACGUUCUGAUUAAGGCUGAAGUAUAUGAUGAUUUGUGCAACUCUAGCGUCAACAUGGAGGACUCGACUGCAGGAGACAACAAAGAUGAUGACAGUGAUGAUCAAGAUGAGGACAUGCUAGAGGAGUGUGAUAUCAGCAGCCAGGACCACAGUGCUCUGUUCCGACAGUCGGAUCUAUCGUUAAGUACCUAUGCUCUUGGAGAGAUGGAUUCCCCCUUCAUGCAGCCUUAUCCCACCUCUGUCCACGGUGAAACAACAUUCCCUGGGAUUCCAGUCAUGGAUCCAUUGAAGUCUGCUCCAGCAAGUUCCGUUUUUCCUCAUGGAGCAUCUCCCUCAGCAGGAUCUGUGUUGAGAUGGAAGAACUUUGUAGGGCAUGGGGAGUCUAUGCCACAUAUUGAUUCCUCAUCCUUGCAUGGGCAGACGUCAUCUUUCCUGCCUCAGUAUCAAUCAUCAUUAUCUCGCUUGCAUUCAAAACCCCCCAGGAAGAAAAAACCCAACUUUCCGACAUGCGCUCUGUGUAAUGCUGAGAUCAGAGACAAGAACGACUUUGCAGCCCAUGCAUCCUUACACAGUGUAGACUACCAGCAAAACUGUCCAGUCUGCCUUAAGAUCUUCUCCAACAGGGCCAACUUGUUGCGACACGCUUCCCUGCAUAUCCUGGGUGUGCUGUACCAGUGUCCGAUCUGCUGCAGGAUGAUCAAAAGGGGAGAUAAUUUCCAAGUCCAUAUGAGGAAGCAGCACCCCGGCCAGAGUGUCAAGAUGGGCAGAAGUCUGUCAGGGCAGGAGCCAGGGAGGGCCAAAAUUGUAUACUCUGGGACACCCAGCUCGGCAGCUUCUGAAGCUCCUAGCAGCUUAUGUAUUGGAAGACCUGGCAGCCGCUCGGGAGUCCGACCUAGGUAUCUGUCAGAGGGUGACGUCAGCAGAAACAGAGUGCAAGCGGACUCCAGCUGUAGUGCCCAAACUGAAGCACCUGAUUUCAUUGAUCAAACCACCUCGGAUUAUUUGUGUAUUUUUUGUGCCAACAGGUUCAUGUCUUCCAGUUCCCUUGCUAUUCACAUGCAGGAUGUGCAUGGGAGGUUCUCCUCCGUGAAGAGUAGAUCCCGACUCGGUGUGCUAUCAUUGUCCUCAGAUUACCCUGUUGACCUGGAGCAGCCACCUUGGUCAGCCGGCACCAAGGUCGUGGGCAAAGGGCCGGAAGUAGAUCAGACUGACUAGCUCAACAGCCUUUGUUAUUCUUGUGUUGUCAAGAUGUAAUGAAGUGAAAUCUCCUGCUUCCAUGGACAAACGAUGGUGUGAUACAUGUGAAACUUAGUCUAAUGUUUUCUGAGGGGUAGCAGUUUCAGUCUUGUAAAUGUUUCUUAUACAGUGAUGGCAUGCUACUCAAACAAACUCAAAGAACACCUGAUUUUCCGAUGGCCAUGACAGAUUAACUAUUAGUCAUAUGAAAAGAUUUAGAGUUCUUUAACUUCUUUUGAGUGUUAUAUGUUGUUAAAUAACUUCAUUCCUAAGUCUUCCAUGUAUCAUAAUGUAAGUUUGUAUUCCUAACUUAUUACUUCAGUAUUUAAUAUCUCUUGAAUACGCCUUUGUUUGAUGAGGUCGAUAUUAGUUGCGCUGCUAUAAUGGUGCAGGUUUUGAUUCCAUAAGGACAUAUCAACUCUGCACAGUGGAUGUAUUAGGCUUAAAAAAUAAUAGUCUUGGUUCUCAGGCUCCGCCCGCAUCAUCAUAAAGUCAUCCGCACGUUUUGUUUUAAUUUCCAUUUUUUUUAAAAACAUGAAAAAAUCCUAAUACUUAAAAAUAAUCCAAUCCAAGAUAGCACACAGUUACUUCCCUUUACAUGCGCACUGCUUUACACCGCAUCUCAUGUUAUGGUCAUAGCAGCAAUAGGAGUUUGUAUGCUUGUUUAUGUAGGGAGGCCCUUUCCCAGGUUGAUGGUUCACAACUAAAUAUUUGGUUACAUACUAGUUUGAACAAGCCACACCAUAAAAACCGCCUGUCCUUGCUAUAUUUUAAAAAAUCAUUGCCUGAGAGCCAUUCUUUUAUUCGUUUAAGCCUAAUACAUCUACUGUGCAGAGUUGAUGUGUCCAUAAUCUGACUGUUGCCUUGAUGUCAGUCUUUAUGUGAACAUUCAGCAGGGUGAAUCUAAUGUCAGGCUAUUUGAUGAUAAGGCAGAGUUCAAAAUUACUUGAAGUGAGUGAGUGAGUGAGUUAGGUUUAACGCCGCUUUUAACAGUAUUCCAGUUAUAUCACAGCAUGUCAGCUUAAUGUGGGAGGAAAGCCCGAAGUGAUGCAUGUCUCAGACGUUUACCACU